AUGGACUACCGCGCGCGAAAUGGAUGCUAUGGAGCCACAACCAGUGCAAUUACUCAACUGGAUCACAUCAGGAGUGUCGAUCAACAAAUGAACGUCAGGCACGGUGGAGGCAUACAAGUCGGCGAUUAUUCACAUUUUUUCCUCGCACUGCGUCGGCGAGAAAUCAAGCACACCAAGGAGUCGAACAUCGACAUUACACCGGCGAUCGAUUAUUUUCGGCAGCAGGGCCAGAACGAGGGUCUCAGUACACUGAUUCUCACUCAGAAGCUGUUUUGGCUACUCAGCACUUGCGGCUCCCUGCGGCCUAACGACAUUCUGUGCAUUGAUUUAUCCAACGAUAAAUUCCACUUAGACCGGAUCACCUCUAUCCUCCCCAUCUUGAUCCCCAAGAAGACGCGAGGCGGCAACCGCAUCUGCGAAUACACCACGAUCAAAAGCCACGAUGACCCCUUCCUGUGCCCGGUUAAGACCCUCACCGAGUACCUCCGACGCAUUCAAGGCCACGAUAUUGAUGUCCUUCACCCCAAGGACCCGCUGAUACUCUAUCGCCCCCUCCUGCGCGAUGCCAAGGAUCCUGGAAGAUAUAUAGGAGCUGAUCGAAAGCUCUCCUUGCCAAAGGACGUUAAGUUAUCUAAGGCUCGCGCCAUUGGAUCCACGGCCGCCAUCAAGCAAGGCGCACGUGUUGACAGCGUUGUUGUGCAUGGCAAUUAA